AUCAAUAGCAGUAGCCGUACAAGAACGUGUAACGUCUACGUUAGUUAAUUGUCAGGAGUCGUCAACAGUUAUGUCUGGCGACGGAUAUGUGGUACGCAUCCGGGGUCUUCCUUGGUCCUGCUCGGUGGAUGAAGUACAGAGGUUCUUCUCAGAUUGCAAAAUUGCCAGCAAUGGUACCAGCAUCCAUUUUACCUACACAAGAGAGGGGCGGCCAAGUGGAGAGGCAUUUGUGGAGAUGGAGUCAGAAGACGACCUGAAAAUUGCUGUGAAAAAGGACAGAGAAACCAUGGGUCACAGAUAUGUAGAGGUCUUCAAAUCCAACAGCAUUGAAAUGGACUGGGUAAUGAAGCAUACUGGUCCAAACUGUCCAGAGACUGCAGGAGAUGGGUUGAUCCGGCUCCGAGGCCUUCCUUUUGGCUGCAGCAAGGAGGAAAUAGUGCAAUUCUUCUCAGGGUUGGAAAUCGUGCCAAAUGGGAUAACAUUGCCGGUGGACAUCCAGGGGAGGAGUACGGGGGAGGCCUUCGUGCAGUUUGCUUCACAGGAUAUAGCUGAAAAGGCUCUAAAGAAACACAAGGAAAGAAUAGGGCACAGGUACAUUGAGAUCUUCAAGAGCAGCCGCGCUGAGGUGCGGACCCACUACGAGCCCCACAGGAAGUCCAUGGGAAUGCAGAGACCCGGCCCUUAUGAUCGGCCCUCUGGUGGUCGCAGCUACGGCAUGAUGGGUCGAGUGGGAUCCUAUGAAAGAAUGCGCCGGGGUGGCUAUGGAGGAGGUGUAUCAGAUGGGCGCUACAGCGACGGAGGCUCAUCGUUCCAGAGUACAACAGGUCAUUGUGUUCACAUGAGGGGCCUACCGUAUAGAGCCACAGAGACUGAUGUCUACAAUUUCUUCUCUCCCUUGAAUCCCGUGCGUGUCCAUAUCGAGGUUGGUUCAGAUGGCAGAGUUACUGGGGAGGCGGAUGUAGAGUUUGCCACUCAUGAGGAUGCUGUGGCAGCCAUGUCCAAAGACAAGGCCAACAUGCAGCAUCGCUACGUGGAGCUGUUCCUGAACUCAACAGCAGGGGGCAGUAAUGGAGCCUAUGGCAAUCAGAUGAUGGGUGGCAUGGGUAAUCAGUCAUCCUACAGUGGUGGCCAACUGAGUUCUGGAUACUCCAGUGGAUACAGUAGCCAAGGCAAUAUGGGGGGCUACAAUGACUAUAGUAACCAGGGCGGAAUGGGCAGCAGUUACUAUGGCAGCGGUGGAGGAGGAAGUAGAGGUUCUAUGAAUGGACUGGGUGGAGGAUGGGGAAUGUAGUUUUCUGUUUUUUUUUGUUUUGUUUUUUUUAUGCAGCAUUUUGCUGGGAGGACUGGAAUUGUACAUCUCACCAAGUGAAUAUGGAAAGGGUUGGAUGAGGUUGUUAUUUGAAAGAGGGUUUAUAAAAAAAAUUUUCUUUUCCCAAUGAGUUAUCUUCAUGAAGCAAACAUCUGGUUCAAGAAUGGGCAGAAUAAACCACUUUGUUUGCCCCUCCCCUAACUGAUUUAAUAGAUCACAAACUGUUUGUGCUUUACAUUUUCAUAACCAAUACGUGUUGUUUUUGUGUUGACGUUCUAUAAAUGCUUGGCAUUUCCUUAAACUCAUUUUGUGUUAAAAUGGCAUUUCCAUUAGUGUAAAGGUUUCCAUUAGCGUAAAGGUCUAAGGUCCUGAACAAAAAAAAUUGUAAAUAUAUAGGAAAUCUCCUGGUUUUGAUUACUUUUCAUCUUUAUACCUAGAAGGAUUAGCCCUUUUUAUUUAGGGAUGAUUUUUGUGUAAUAUGUGACUUUACAUGUUCCCCCCAAUCCAUUUUCAAGCUAUUGUGGAUAGGAAAGGUUUGUCUUCAUGAGGGCUACAUUAAGGACAAAUGUUAUCUUACAUCUUUUGCUGACAAAGGUUUCUACUGCUUCAGAUGGUAUUCUUUGUAUUUCUCGUGCACAAAGUGAAUAAACCAGUCUCAAUAUAUAAUGGAAUCAAGCACUG